AUGUUGUUACCACUGCUGUCAAUUUUUCUCGUCUUGGUUGACUCUUAUAAAAUUCUCGUGGUCAAUCCUAAGCUAGGAUAUAGUCAUAUGAAUUUUAUGGGUAAAAUUGCUGAUACACUGGCCGAUGCCGGACAUGAUGUGGUAAGCUUGGAAUCAAACUAUUAUAGUAUUCUGGAUGACGACGAGUUGCUAGAGCAUUUGAAGGCCGAAAAAUUUGAUGUUGGCAUUACAGAAUUGUUUGAUUUUACAGGCAUCGCUGUAUAUGAGGCCAUAGGCCUGAAGAAUAUGAUUGGGACCCAUGCUUCGAAUUCGUUAGCUGAAAGCACAGCAUAUGCCAUUGGUGCUCCGGUAACUCCCAGCUUCAUGCCAGCUUCCCAAGGAAUCACAGGCGAUUCCACAUCCUUCUCUACCCGAGCUGUAAAUCUCCUAUUCACUCUGCUGUCAUGGUAUUUCCAGAAAUCUGCAGCGAGUGCGGCUGAGUCUGUGAUGAUGAAAAAAUUGGGAAAAACCGCUACUCCGAUUUGGGUGAAUAAUACCAAUUAA